GGGGCCCUGUGAGCACAUCGGGACGGUCGGGGAGCCCAAAAUGGUCGACUGCCGGCUGGAGGUCGGGCAAGCAAAACCGGUGGGGGCCACUGGACGAAGGGGCUGGGGCCGAUGGCCUCUGCGGCGGCAGCCAGUGUACCGCGUCGGAGCGCGGGCGCCAACGCCGCCGCCGCGGGGGGGCGACACGCGGUGGUUGAGUUCUCGGCCGCGCCGUUUCGUCGGCCCUACACUCGUGCUAAUUGUUGGGCUGAUCAGGAUAGCAGAAUCCCCUCUCCUCGUUUCCCCUCGUGCUGGCGAAGGUAUGUGCGUUCGCAGCACUCGAAAUGACAAAUGUCCUGACUUCCUCGGGCGUUUCACGACGAAUCCUGUAGUAAUGUAGCCUGUCUGUGUAUCGCCUUCUCCGUUUCCCAUGCUCGCAGAAUUCGUGGCUUCCACACCUUUGGCAAUUCUGACGCAGGAGACCAUGGGGGCAUACAUUCAUACUUACAGAACUAUCACCGUCAGCCUCGAUCUCCAUAUCCACGGAACCAGACAAUUCAGUGUAUCCAACCGGGCAUCCUGUGUGGCCACUUUGAGGAACUAUGACACGUUGUUGCCACAGCUGGAAAUUCACCAUUUCGACCCAAACACCGCUGAGCAGGAUCCAACUCGACGAGGGCUGUUUGCUGUGCGGAAGGAAGGAGCACAAAUCCCCGCACCAUCCGCUGACAAUCGUGCAACAUACGAGCCGCACGUGCUCGAUGAGGGAACACCAAUCCAUAGAGGGAACGAGGUCGAAUUUAAGACCCACUCGAUUUCAGACCACGCGCUGGCCUUAAACUCAACAUCCUGCACGCAGCGCUGUUGCGCUUGCGCGGAGGCUAGGUUCCCGCAGGCAGAUAGACAGUUUGCAGACGUGCCUGGACACGCAUCCAUGAUCCAAUACCAUGCCAAUAGCAAUCCAAUGCAGCUGACCAAUACCAUGCAGUGACUUCCCUGCAGCUGAUCCAAUACCAUGCCCUGUUCUAGAGUCGUGCAAGAGGCACUGCGAAACAGAUUCUGCAAGCAACGAGCUUGCACAUCCACUCUCAAACAGUACGAUUCUGCGUAAGCGUGCUUGCAGACCUUGCUGCAGCCUCAGCAUUGCAGAGAUGCCCAUGUGCUCGCCAGAACGGCGAUUGCAUCGGUUAGAUCUUGGCGGCAAUAGAGCUGCCACUGCAGACCUCAUAAUGUCCUGCAGGGAAGGCCCGGAUUGGAGCAUCGCGUAACGAAAUUGCUCUUCCAAUUGCUCGACACGCUUCUCCCGGCGAUCACAACUCAACCAAGAUUCCGCAACUCUUGGAACCAAACAUUGAACUUGUGUGUCCCGUGCGGGCGCGUCCCUCUUGGGAACUGCAGCCAACAGGUCUUGCCAGAAGCAGACGUCUUCUUGAAGCUGCACUCCUCGUAUGUGCGACCUUCGGCAAGCUUCAAUGCGAAUUGCAGUCUGGGGGGCGAUGCGAUCAUACUUCGAGCCUUCAUUGCACGUUGCUGAAGUGGUUCUGACAGAAGAAGAACUCCAUCAAAGAGCCAUGGCGAUUCUCGCGGGCACAACGCAACCCAAGCAGCCACAUGGGUGGCACGGCGCUGGCGGACGGCGAUUUGCAUGCCUCGCAAUGCCCUCCUGCAUCCUGCAAUGACACGCCUUCGAACAACACUUGCAACCAUGUCAAUCGCGUGCCACUGUAAACUGCGCUCGUGCAUCAUAUUGUCGUCAAGCGACUCUCUCAUUGGAACGGGGCGCGACCGAAACUUACGAAACUUGUGGCUCUAUGAUCCGCUGUCGUACAUAACUGAGCCUUGAACCGACAUUGAUACAGACACGGGAAGAAGAGAACCUGCGAAGCCAGUGUUUGUAAGAUCCAAAUCUCCGUCUGACAAAAAAGCGCGGGUGACAACUGAUAAGGACCUUGGAAC